CCGAGGGAUGCUUAGCCGGCGGGGCCGGGCGAGGGUCGCUGGUGAAGGCGGCUCUUAUCUGGAAGGGAGACCCCGCAGAUGGCUGGCCACUCUCUCCGCCGUUUUCCCCAGAAGGUCCCGGGGGUGGGGUCUCCAAGCCGGGGGGUUCUGUAGAUGCCGGGCGGGGUCUCUAGCCUGAAGGGUUAACCUGCGGAAGCUGGGUAGGAGAGCUGAAGAGUGUGCACAGCUAGCAGAGCGAGGUCUCCAGCCCCUGACGCUCCAUCCCCCUACACCCCAGGAUGGGCAGCACUUCUCUGUCCGAGGACUAUCGCCUGUGCCUGGAGCGCGAGCUGCGGCGCGGGCGCGCAGGCGUCUGCGGAGACCCCUCGCUACGCGCGGUGCUUUGGCAGAUCCUGGUGGAGGACUUCGACCUGCACGGGGCGCUUCAGGACGACGCGCUGGCGCUGCUCACCGACGGCCUGUGGGGCCGCGCCGACCUGGCGCCCGCGCUGCGCGGCCUGGCCCGCGCCUUCGAGCUGCUGGAGCUGGCCGCUGUGCACCUGUACCUGCUGCCCUGGAGAAAGGAGUUCACCACCAUCAAGACCUUCUCUGGGGGCUACGUGCAUGUGCUGAAGGGAGCACUCUCUGAGGACCUCCUCACCAGGAGCUUCCAGAGGAUGGGCUAUGCGCCCAGGGACAACCACCGCCUCACGGUGACGGCACCGCCCCCCGCCUGCCAGCUGCUGCAGGUGGCCCUGGGCUGCUUUGCGCUGCGCCUGGAGUGUGAAAUCAUGGGUGAGGUGCUGGCCCAGCUGGGCACUAGCCUGCUGCCAGCUGAGGUGCUGCUGGCAGCAAGGCGAGCCAGUGGGGAUGUGGCCUCCUGUGUGGCCUGGCUGCAGCAGCGGCUGGCCCGGGCUGAGGAGACACCACCCCCGCCCUCCCAUGGCUCCCCGGCAGUGUUCGGGUGCCCGCUGGACCUGUACCGGGACCUGACAGAAGAGGAGGGCUCAGAGGAGGAGGCCAGCCUGUAUGGGGGCCCCUCCCCAGGUGCUGCCUCGCCUCCCACAGAGCCAGCCUAUGACGCACCACUCUGGGAGCAGAGCGCCCAGGUGUGGGGUGUAGGGGGCCCAGCCUGGGAAGCCCCUGCCAACAACCUGCCCUAUGGGGCCUUUGAGGAGGAACCUGAGCCGGCCCCUUUCUCAUUCCUCUCCCUGCGCCAUGAAAUGAGCCGAACCUCAGACUUGGCUGGCCCUGAGGGCUUCCCAACACACAGCUGCCUGCAGCCCAGCGUGCUGCAGCCACCCCUUGGGGAGCCAGUGCGGCGCACGUGGCUGCCACACUCAAGAGUGGACACCCUGCUUGGUGCCCCACGGCCUGGACCUUAG